UCUCAACAUGCACAAGAAGGUGGAGAACUGAGCUCCGUCCGUCCUCCCUUUCUGCUUCCUUUCCUGCUGAGCAGAGACUGGACCACUGGCUCAGAGGAGGAUGUGACAGACUUUUUGCAGAGACUCUUGUUGGACACUGGACAUGUCUGAGAGCAUCAUGAGAAAGGUGCAGCCCUUCACCAUUGGAACAAAGCUGUCAGUUCCCCCUGUGCCCAAAUGCCAGGAGUUCACGCCGAAGAGAUUCCUUCCGGCCGAAGCUCUGGACAGCUGUGCGUUUCAGCAUAGCCUGAACGCGCUCUACCUCAGCCCGUCGCAGGUCUGCGCACAUGGCGCCUGUCUCUCCUCACCCACUGUCAAGCCGGCAGCCCCCACGACACUGGAGCACGUGGCAGGAGACGACCUGAACCAGAAUGCCGGCUCUGCCUCCGCCAUCUCCAGAUCCAUCAAGAAGAUCACCAUCUCUGAGAGUACAGACAGACCGGGAAAGAUGACGGGAGGGCCGGCAAAGCUCUCCCUCACAGGCUCCUCAUCGGAAAACAGCAACAACAACAACAACAUCAGCAGCUCAUCUGAUCCACAGCUGCCCAGGAUCGUAGGAGUGAGCUACGAGAGCAAACCAAACUCAGAAUUCAAGGUUUUACUGAGUAAAGAGUCUCACGCUGUGCAGGGACAAGCCAGGAUGAAACUCAACGGAGAGAAAUCUGUCCAGAUUCCCUUGGCUGAACGUAAAAGCAAAGAGCCUGAAAUGACAGAAAGUCAUCCCCUCUCACAGGAUGAGGCGCUGGCAGCUGCUGCAUUUCACGACUGCUUCACUCAGCCAAACUCACUCUUCACCAAGGAGGCACUGCAGGCAGAGGCGUGGAUUAAAGGCAAGCUGCAGGACUUAAGGGAUGGAUGUGAUGUUCAGUGCUGCCCCCUGCAGGACUGGGAAGAGGCAUCGCAGACACUCCAGAGAGAUCUCAAGGACUUUGAGAACAACCUGAUUCAACUUAACCAGAUGGGCGAGCAGUUGAUCUGCAAGCUGAACCCCACAUCUGAUGCGGUGAGGAAGCAGCUCAGCCAGCUGAGGGACCAGUGGCAAACCCUGAAACAGAUGGCUGCAAACCGGACGCGUGCCCUCGGUGCAGCGAAGAGCCUGCAGGAGUUUAAUCAAAAGGUGGACAAACUGGAGGCGUGGAUCAAGGAGAAGCAGGAAGAGGAGCAGUCGUUGGUGAACAUCCUGGGGGACAGUGCUGACAAACUGCAGCUGACCAGGAGAAUUUUAGAUCUGAAACAGGAUGAACAGCAACACAGAAACCUUCACGAGGAGAUCAACAACUUGGCCCUGAAGCUGGAGAAACUGGGGAAAGCAGACAGCAGGAUCAUCUCCAGCAGGAGGAAACUCAUCAAUAAAAUGUGGUUGAAGGUCCAGUCCCCUCUGAAAAACUACCAAGAAAAGCUUCAUCUGGCCCUUGAAGUGUCCUCCUUGUACCAGCAGGCGGAUAACGUCCUGUUUGCUAUCAACAGCAUGAGGAAGAGCAUGUCUGCACACAAGGAGCUGGACAGUUUUGAUGACAGAGAAAUACGGGACAUCGCCAGUCAAAUAAUGCUCCUGGACGUGAGUGUCUCCCAGCUGGCUAAUCUCCACCCCUCCCUGGCUGCCGGCAUCACUCGCAGGCAGAGUGAGGUCAAGGAUUCCUGGGCGCUUCUUCAGAGGGUUUUCAGGGGGGACAGGACUGCACUCUCCCUCUCCGGCUCCACUUUCACCAGGGAAGAUGCUGACCUCCUGACCCCUGACCAAGAGCCCCACUGCACCGUGGGAGCGGAGACGCAUGCCGUCAUGGGAAAGGAGGUGAAGGAGGAGCAGAAUCGUCUGAAAGGCUGUGUGGAACCCUGUGGGAGCGUUAAAAGACCUGCGGUUGGUCAAAGUCAGGAGCAGCGAUCGGGGAUCCACACCUCCUCCCCGGUGGAGGGAGGCUCCGUCUGCACAAACCAUGGCGUCAUGAAGCAGCCUCCGAAGGGGGAAAGCAAGAAGCUCAGAGCAGAGCCCAAACUCACGGCAGCUUCCAGAGGCCACACACAACUUCAGAGGUUCACUGUGUCUGCUGACAAGACUUUAUCCUGGCUCAGAGACAAUGUUUCCAUGGCAACACAGGUGUGUUCAACAGCCGCCUCUGAGGGUCUGGAGGCUGCCAGGAAGUGUCAUCACACCCUUGAGGAAGAAAUCCUCAACAACCGAGCCAGGAUGGAGGUGGUCAAGAGGGAGGGUCACGGACUGGUCCGUGCUCAGCACCCAGGCAGUGCCAGGAUCGAGGAAUUCCUCAAACAACUGGAGGUCCUGUGGGAAGAGCUGAAGAGGAGGCACCAGAGAAAUGCUGUGUUCCUGCAGGCCUCCAAGGAGCUGGGCUUCAGGGUUGUGAAAGUGCUCCAAGCCCUUGGCAGCCUGGAUGCCUGGCUGGAGUCGGUGGAGCUUUCCAUGAAGGAGUCUGCAUUAGCCGGUGACCCAGAAACCAUGAGCCUGGCUGAGAGGGAGAGCUGCCUGCUGGAGAGGGAGGUGGCAGCACGCAGCCUGGAACUGAGCGAACUGAGGCGGGAGGUGGACAGCCUUCACGGCCACAAUCACCCGCACGCACGCAGGCUGCCAGAGCGCAUGGAUGAGGUGGAGAAGAAGUACCACCGUGUUCUGGCUGCACUGACCCAGCAGAGCUCAGAGCUGCAAGACACGCGCAUGUUGACCGAGUUCCUGGAGCGUGUGGAGCUGGAGGAGAGCCAGGAGCCCAGCGGUGGUGGAUUCAGCCUCGCACAGCCUCUCCACAGUGACGUGUCCUCAGCUCCUACUCUGUUUGAGCUCCAGAGAAAUAGCAGUGUGGAGCCCCUGAUAGAAGCUCUGGGUAACCCUGUGGAGGAACUUCGGGAGGCUGUAGAGAUGCUGAACGACACUGUGAGGAAAAGAAGUCAAUCUCAGAGUCACGAUCAGGCUAUCCAGGAGCUAAUGAGCAAGCAUGCCAGCUUGGCGGUUCGGGUGGAGGAGUGUUUGUGCUGCAGCAAAGAGCUGCGCCUGGACAUCCUGGAGAAGGAGACUGACAUGGCCAUGCAGUGCGAGCCAGACCACUGUGGCCUGGAGGCUCUGCAGGAGAAGCAGGACCACCUGGAGACUGCCCAUGGGGUCAUUAGUGAGGAGGCGAGGGAGGUGGAGAACCAGGCUUCUCAGCUGAAGGAGCUGUGCCCCGAAAGAGUGCACAUGCUGGAUGCAAAGAUCCGAGCUACUCUGCAGGCCUGGACCGAGCUGGGGAAGAGCGUGACGGAGAACCAAACCCGUCUGCAAGAGUUCUCACAGCUCCAGGACUUCUUCAGGAGCUACCUCGCCAUGAUCUCCUGGACAGAGGACACCAGGUCAUGCAUUUUUUCAGAUACUGCAAUGCACCUCGGGAAGGACGGACACAAACCUCUGGCAGCAGAGCUGGACUCCCAAAUCCAGCAAAAGUUUGAGGAGUUUGACGUGCUGGCCGUCACAGGGAAGACCCUCUUGGACAAGGAGCACCACCUGGCCCAGAUGGUAAGAGAGCGCAUGGAGGAACUGAGGAGCAUGCUGGGAUGGAUCUCUGUGCACUGGAGGGCUCAGAAGCAACAGUGGUUUCACAAAAGCAGCAGAAAGAAACUUCUUCAGGAUAACAUUUACUCUGAGGCAACAAUGGGCUCUCCUUUAGCAGAGAGCUCAGAUCCUGAAGUCGAGGCCCUUCGGACCUUUCAAAACUGUGACAACAACACUCGAGCAGAACCUGCAUCUGAGCCACAGCAUACUGUGGAGCACGAGAGGCUAUCAGAGGACGGAUACGAGAUCAUGAAUGGAAUAGGAGCCAAGGCUGAUUCCCCGAAGACAAACGUGGUGGUGCUGAAGGAGAGCAGCAGUCAGCAGGCGGUCAACCUCAUCCUGAGCUUUGGAGGAAGCGGGGACAGCCAGGUGCAGGUGCUGGACCCGCCCCUUCAAACAGAUCCAGAAGCGGAGGAACCCUUUGAGCUCGUUCACAGGCCCGCUGCGCCUCAAUCUUCUGCCUGUAAAAGCUUUUGGAGGCGCUGCCAGGGGCUUUUGGAAAACACUUUGGGUAGUUUAAAGCGAAAGAAAAAAGUUUAUCGUCCGAGUGCAAACCAGGUGAGCACCUACCUGCACGUGAAGGACAGCAGCCUAGCUGUGACUCCAGUGUACGAGAGCAUCACCCUCCCAUGUCAAAAGAGCUGCUCCACUCCCCCAGUCUCCCCUACUUUACUGCAAUCCCCCCUUUCGCAAUCCUCCGCUGCACCUCAACCAACCAGCACCGUCCUCCACCCUCUGAUGGGCAGCGGCUCCAUCUUCAGCAGCCUCAAGAGGAUGAGCAAGAAGAGGAAGAGGAAGAGGGAUGCGCGCAGACACACAAUCCAGAGAAUCAUGGGAGUGGAGGAGCCAACCGACGGGAUGCAUCACUACGAAUGUGAAACGCUGACCUAUGAUACACGCACGUGGCCUCUGAAGGAGAGCAGGAGACCGAAGGCCUCCCUGAAGAGCAGCGACGGGGCAGAGGCCUACAUGAAGAACCCCCUGCUGAUAGACAUCGACUCAGAAAGCAUCACGCCUUACGCCGUCUCAGCAGGACCUUCAGCUGCUCAGGCCAGAACCCACUGCAGGUUCCUCUCUUUGGGUUCUGUGCUGAGCUUUGAUCUGCCCAAAGACGUGACCCUCAUCCCCAGCAUCCAGGACAUCAUCACCAUUGCCCCCCAAGAGUCCAAGAGAGACGGAGCUGAACUUAACCCUCACUCCCACAAACCUACAGUCCUGAGCUCUUUCAAACAGAGGCCCCCGUCUCCUGACAUCACCCCCUCCGAGGGUCUACAGCCUUCUACUCCCUCUAAAGAUGAAAGUCAGGACCUAACUGGUGGAGAACUAUCACAAUCCCCUUUCACUCAGUGUGAUGCUGCAGAGCAGGAGUGGAAGAAAAUGUCCUCAGACGCCAAAUCUGAUCUGGAUGAAGGCCACCAGAGCAGCCGGCCUUCACAUCUGAACAUCUAUGUGAAUCAUCCCCUCAGCACCGCCGCGGUCACUUCUAAACACGAGUGUCUCAGCGUCCACACGCGCAUUCGAGACCUGAACGGACACCUCUACCAUAAAUGUACCCGAUCCAAAUGUGACCAGGAGCAAACCGCUUGCCUUCAAGUGAACCAAGCUUCACUAAUGAAGCUGAACCUGAAGUCGGCUGCCAGCGUCAGUGUCCGUCAGGACUCGGUGGACUCCGGCAUCUCCAGCGUCAGCAGUUUCAAGCUCGGCGUUGACGUUGCUUCUGCAGAUAGCCGGCCUAAAGGAGUGGUGGGAAAGCUUUUAUCUCUGGAAGUGGGAGCUUUAGAUUGCUCUCAAACUCGAGAGAACCACGCCGCAUCUCCGGGACCGCCUCCAAAAGCUGCAGAGGUGGAAAGAGAGCCGGUUCAUCUGAACCAUCAGGAGUUUGAGGAGGAGGAGGAGGAGCUGGAGGACAUCUGGAACCAAACUCCUAACUACAGGCAGAGCAUCUGCUCCGACAUCAUGUACCGACCCAACCAGGAGGACUCAGCCGGCGCAGAUCAGGUGACAGCGGCGCUCUGCUGCUCACCACCAGCUCAGAAGCAGACGCUGCUCUACAGAGACCUGGUCACAGCUUCAGCUCCAGACCUCCUUGUAGCCGAGUUGAAGUUACCGUCACACAUUCCAGACUUACUUGGAAAGCCCGAAGACCACCCUCCCCCCCUGGCUAAAGGAGACAGGAGGUCGUGGGCAGCUUUUCCAGUUGGAGAACCAGCCAGUAAAACUUCAGUGACAACCAACGAGACCGCUCCUGACCCAGUGAAGCUGCCCGAUGUCGGGGACAGCCAGAGAUACGUUUACCACUACAGAGAGGAGGAGGAGGAGGAGCAGGUGGAGGAGUUCACAGGUUGCUCGAAGGACCCGUUGCUGAGCGCAGGCUCUGCCCUCACGGGUUCAGACGGAGCCUCACAGGAGGAGAAGCCACACAGUGUAGCGAGCACUGGAGGGCGCUGUUUCAUCCUGAGUGGAAAGCCUGAUCCGCCGUCUAUGGAGGGAACCCUGGAAAGGAAGCACCGGCUGCAGCCGGGAGGGAAAAAAGCUGCCUCCAGAGGCUGGAACUCCUACCACGCUGUCCUAUACAGUCACACCAUGUGCUUCUUCCAGGACAGAAAGGAUACGCUGCGGAGCUCUGCAUGCGGCCUUCCACUGAACCUCAUGGGAGCCGAGUGUUCUCCUGCCUCAGACUACACCAAAAAGCCCAACUGCUUUCGACUGAGGUUCCACGACGGCUCAGAGUAUCUGUUCAGUACCUCCUCACACUUCAUGAUGAAGAAAUGGGUCAUGAGAAUCCAGGCAAGCACUGGUCAAGAUGGAUCUUUAACCACUUCAUCUAGAGCUGAUCACGGAGUUCCCAUAAGACCAUCAUCGGGGUGCUUCAGGUGUCAUGAUGGCGCCCCCAUGACCCUACCCUCACGUACAGCCAAAGAAAUAGUCGUCCUCAGCGGGCCUCAGAGUCACCUUAGGAGUUCGGAUGGGCAUUCCCCCAUCUCCUCCUCUGACGGAGGCUGCUAUGAUGACGGGCGCCUCACACACGGCGUGACUCACCGAGUCUCAGAAGCAUUCAGAGAAAACACGUCUUCCUCCUCCCACUGCGCUCCAUCCGCCGGUCAGGACUGGCUCAGCAGCAAGAGCCGCUCCCACUCCUUCACUUCCUCAACUUACCAGCGGAUCAAACCCACGGUGCACUCCCCUGCAGGAAAAGGCCUGGAGAAAGGCUCCAAUUACUCAGUGACUCUGGUGGUUGGAGAAAAGUCAGGCGAGAGCUCGUCGGUGAGAAGCUGUGAGGCUCCACUCCCAGGCUCAGCAGGGUGGCAGCAUCAUCCUGAACCGUUCCUGAGGAGCUUUGCGAGCCUGCCUCGGCCCAGCAACAAGUCUGUGUUUAGAAAGUUCUUCGGAAAGAAAGAGCUCUGAAUAUGAAGAUGUUUCUAGAAUGAGCUCUGAUGUGCUGAGCACACACUGAGCAAAAAGUGACAAAAAGCAGCAUUACUACUGACUGUAUUUAUGAUGCAAAUACUUGCAACUGCUUCACUUUUGUUGUGGUGGGACAUUACAGUUGAUAUUUUAUGAGUGUUUAUGCAGCUGCAGUCAUUGAAGCAGAGCGUUGGUGUGCACUGUAUCACAAAUCUCAUUCCUUUUGUUGUUUUUCUGUUUUCUUUUGUGGAUUUUUCAGCUUUCUCUUUCCUUCACAAUGGAAGGCUUUGUUCUGAAGUAUUGCAUGCUUCUUUUAGUAACAUUUAACACGGUUCUGAGUGAAUCAGCAGUUUGAUACUGUUGUCAUCAUGUUGAGGAGCUUGUUUAACACCAGCAAAAUCACAAUAAAAGACAAGAAACUUUC